GAAAGGAAUCUACCCAUGUCCAUACAAGGAAGUAGCAACUAAUAAUGUGGACUUACUUACAAUAAGUUGACUUGCUGGUUAUAAUUGAAGCAACUAAAAUAGAUAUCUGAUUUGUAUCUCAACUUCUCUCCUUCUUCCCCUUGCAUUUCAAGUUCAUAGCAGUUUAAUUCUUUUGUCACAAUUUCUAACAAAGAGGGAGAAUCAUGUUUCUUGACAAAGAUUUGUCUAAAACAAGACGUGACUUUCUUGAAUUUCGACCCUCUAAUAUUGACGAUGUUUCAAGGGAUCGAUUGGAGUUCUUUCUGUGGGAGUUAAAUUUCCUGGACAGUUUUCUUAGUCUGCAGUGCUUCACCUUCGCAGGUGAAUGUGGCAUGCUCGACGUCUCAAAGAAAAUGAAAGAAAUUUGGAAGAAGUCCAUAUCAGUACAACAGGCUACUCAACGAAUUUUUUUCUCUGAUUCUGACUGGGAGGGGUCUGUGGAUCCAAAUUUUGAUCCCUUUACCUCCAACGUGCCAACAGGAAUUUGGAAGAGUAAGCUCGAAUUCCAAUCAAAAUACUCCUUCGCCCAAGUAUCAUCAAUACUACUUCCAGCCAACAAGGAUGAUAUUCCUACCCCCAAAUUUCUAAUGGAAUUCCUCGAUGGUGUUAUAGAGAAUCUCAAUGUUCUACUGCAGAUUGAUGAUCCUCGUUCGCUACUUUAUGUUCCGGAACCAAAGGAACAAUUAAAAGAGGUUUUGAAGGAGUUGAAUUUGCUGAGGUUUUUCGUUUGCUUUGUUUCAAACAAAUGCACAGAGCCAGCUCAAAGCGAACAUACUUUCUUCACUCACGUUUUAAUUGUGUCCAGCCACGCAGCAAUGGUUGCAUGGUUGUAUUUGCCAGUCCAUUGCAAGGAAAAUCAAGACGUGGCUCCAGGUGAAAUGAAUGCUUUGAUUUCUAAUCUCCUGCAAAUGAAGAUUAGGCCCAUUCAGCCAGGUAUUCGCAAAAUUUAUACAGAUGUCCUGUGCACUUUGAAGUCGAUUACACAACCAGGAUGGCAUCCCAAUAUUCAAAAUAAGCAUGUAACUGACAGUGGAUUUGUGGAGGCUCCCGCACACAAUUUGAUGAAGCUACCCACUGUUAGUAAUCCUAGUGGGACAGUUUCUUCAAAUGAUCAAAUGGCAAUCCUUCAGGAUAUGCUCAGCCUUAUAAGAGCCAAUCUCAUCCAUCUGCCAAUACUAGAUCUUGAAUUUUGUCUUCAAGAUAUGGACACUGUUAUUGUUGAUGCCGGACUUCUAAUUUACUCAUUAUAUGAUAGCGAGGGGGAGAAAGAAGGCAUGACAUUGGAGGAUGUGAACCAAGCACUUGGUCUUGAUCUUCCGGGAAACAUUCAGCCUGUCAAAGCGAUGAUAUACCUCAUCAUUCGAAAGGCGUUUCAAUCUAACUUGCCGAGGAUUCAUGGACUAGGCUAUGUUGAUUUCUUUUUAAACAACUUGAAGGAGUUCCAGAGCCUCCAUUCAGAUUCACUCGCUACUGUCAUGAACCAGCUUCAAAUAAUUCAGAAGGAACUUGAGAGCUUGCAAUCUUUUCUAAAGGCUGUGGCCGAACAACAAUAUGACAAGCACGAUAGACAUCAAAUUUGGGCUACACAGUUGAUUAGCAAAGCGUAUGAGGUGGAAUAUGUAGUUGAUGCUUGUAUAAGUAUAAGCAAAGAAGUUCCUCACUGGUGUCUUCAGCUUUGGCUCCUCGAUAUCAUAAAGGAGAUUUCUUGUAUUAAAGCAGAGAUGCAAGAAAUGUUAUGUGUAGUAGAUGAUACCAUGAAUACUACCACUGAUCAUAAGUCAUCACAAUUGGUUUGGACUCCAAAGAUGAAGGAACAAUUUGUUGGUCUUGAAGAUGUGAGGAUGGAAUUGAGAGACAAACUAACAAAAGGAUACCGACAACUGGAUAUUAUCUCUAUUGUCGGUAUGCCUGGCCUUGGUAAGACAACCUUGGCAAAAGAAAUCUAUUAUGAUGAGUCAGUUAUUGAAUACUUUGAUAUUCGUGCACAAUGUUGUGUGUCUCAAGUAUAUAAACGAAUGGAUUUGAUACUGGAAAUUCUACAUGAUGCUAUUGGUGAGAGCCCUAGCUUCUCUACCGUACAUGAUGCAGCAGAACAGCUUCGGAGAACUUUAAUGAGGAAAAGAUAUCUUAUCCUUGUGGAUGACGUGUGGGAAACUAGUGCGUGGGAUGAUUUAAGGCCUUGCUUCUAUGAUGCCAACAAUGGAAGCAAAAUCAUUCUAACAACUAGACAUCUUGAAGUUGCCAAUUAUGCUAAAUGUGUUAGUUUUCCCAUUCCUCUUCGUAUGUUUAAUGAUGACGAAAGCUGGAAAUUACUAGAAGAUAGAGUGUUUGGUGAAGAAAGGUGCUCUCCUUCCCUUGAAGAAGUUGGGAGACAAAUAGCAAAAAAGUGUGGAGGGCUGCCUCUUUCAAUUGUUGUGGUAGCUGGUAUUCUGGCAAAGAUGGAGAAGAAAGAAGAGAGCUGGAAACAAGUGGCUACGAGAUUAAGUUCCCACAUUCAUGGUGAUACAAAGGCCAUUGUGGAACUAAGCUAUCAGAAUUUACCAUAUCAUCUUAAGCCUUGCUUCCUUUAUUUUGGAGCAUUUUUAGAGGAUAGAGUGAUUGAUGUUUCCAGGUUAACAAAGUUAUGGACCUCAGAAGGAUUUAUAAAAAGUUGUGAAAGCAGGAGGUUGGAGGACAUAGCCGAAGGUUACUUGGAGAAUCUUAUUGGAAAAAAUCUAGUGUUCGUUGCUAAGAGGAGUUCAGAUGGUAAGGUUGAAGCAUGUCGCCUUCAUGAUGUAAUGCUCGACUUCUGCAAGGAAAAAGCAACGGAGGAGAAUCUUCUGCUAUGGAUAAUUCGAGAUCAAAAUGCCAAUCCUUCUUCCAACAUUUACUCUCGUAAGCAGCAUGUGCAACGUCGCUUGGCUUUUCGUGAAGUGGAUAAUCUUGAAGAAUGGAGCUCGUCUUGCUCACUUGUUGGAUCGGUACUUUUCAGGAGUGAUACAGAUAUCUUUGCCCGUCUCCCCAUACCCAAACCCGGUUUCACAAUUUCACGCAUUUUACAGAAUUUCAAGUUUCUAAAAGUGUUGGAUUUGGAGCACUGCAUUGUUAUUGAUUUUUUUCCAACUGAUCUAGUUUACAUGAGAUAUUUCUCUGCAGAAAUUGAUCAGAAUUCAAUCCCCACAUCCAUAGCCAAUCUUUCGAAUCUUGAAACUCUGGUAUUAAAAUCUAGGGGCCAAAUAUCGUUACCGGUAACACUUAGAAGGAUGGUUAAAUUGAGACACCUACAUAUUGCUCAGUACUUCACUAUAAGUAAUGCAGAGAAACCAUUUGAUGAUGACUCCUUAAAAUUUUAUGAUUUGGACACUCUUUCUCAGCCAUAUUUUUCUUGUGUCGAGGAUGUUGAAGUGAUGUUGAGAAAAGCACCUAAUAUUCGGGAAAUGGAAUGCAAAUUCAAGGGUUUUUGCAGCUCUCCGUUCCCUGUAUUGGAUUUUUCAACACAGCUUGAGACGCUACACAUUAUUGGUGAAGUCUUAGAGCUCCAGCAUCGGUAUCCUGUAUGCAUCUCCGCUUCAAAUCUCAAAAUAUUGAAACUGUCCAUCUUUAGACUGGGCCAUGAGCACUUAUCAAACAUUGGUCAGCUUCAGAACCUUCAGGUGCUAGAACUGCUAGCCAUUGAAUUUGAUGAUGAAGAAUGGGAAGUGAAUGAUGACGAGUUCCCUGAACUCAGAGUCUUAAUACUAAUGUUUUGUCGCUGUCUUGAAGAAUGGGAUGCCGUUGAGUACUCAUUUCCUAACCUUGAACGCUUGUUUCUGCGUGGACUCGAGAAUCUGAAAGAGAUCCCUUCUUGUUUCAUAGACAGCCCUUUUUUACAGUCCAUUGAGGUAAGGGAGUGCAACGAAUCUGUUGUAAAGUCAGCCAGGUUUAUCCAAGAACUACAAUUUGAAGAUUAUCAAAAUGCUAAUCUCAAUCUCUACAUUUAUCCGUAUUCAGGUUCUGCAGAUAAUUUGUAAAGCAAGGUGGAGGAGCUGGUUACUGGAAGCUGGGACCUAAGGUUCUAUCACUGAGAUUUCUGGGCUGUUACAACAAAUAUAUUUGUUGGAUGUGAACACUAAGGUAUGUCUGAUAUAAAGUGAAACAUAUAUGCAAAAAGAUCAUUGUUUUUUAUUUAUUGGUCUAAAGCUGUAAAAAGUGUAUUCCUCAAGCGACUAAAAAGAGAAAGACCAUAAUAUUGUUCAGGGGAGGAUCUAGUGCAAAGGUUACAGGUUCAUGUGAACCCAAUAACUUUUGUUUAGACUCUGUAUCAAAUGUAUAAAAAUAUUUAGCUAGGAACCCCGUCCGUUGGUCCGGUUAUUAAUGUAUAUUAACUUGAUAUCGUUGUAGGAACCCAUAAAAUUAAAAUCAUGGAUCCACAUCUUAAUUUUUCCUGUCAUUUGUUUAUGUUUGUUACAUAGCUUUAAAUGUUCUAGACAACAACUACUACUACUCUUUGAGUUAUGAACUCAUUGGUUUUUUUUGUUUUCAAGAGAGUAUGAAGAGGGUUGUAGCUGCAGCAAUUUGGAAGAUCACUAUGUAACUUUUUUCAUUAGUUGUUACUUUAGUGAAUUCUGUAAAAUUGUCAGUUGUUGUAUUCAUUUUAAUCUACAUUUCAGAGUUUAGCUACGGAACAAAUGAAUCAUUCAAUCCUUAAUGUUUGGUGUAAGUCUUACAUUCUUUUGACUCCAGAGGUGAAUGGUUUCACCCCUUUUUUCUUUAAUUAGUUAUGCUACCCUUGUGCUUCU